AUUCCAUUGGCAGAAAAGCUUAGAAGUUCACUUUAAUGGGGGGGGGGGGUUUAAUUAAUUGAAUAUUCCACCAAUUAGGGAGCUUUUGCUGUGUAUAUAUACUAAGCCAUUGUUCUUUAUCUCCAGUUCAAAUGUUAAAACAUUCUCGUGGCUGUGUCCCAAACUCUUUUUUUAACCAAAAAAAAAAAGAGAGAAAUGCAGGCCAAAGCACAGAAUUCGAUCCCACCAAAGUUCAUCAAUCCACCACCAAAAAUCCCCAAAAAACUUCCCCAGAUUUCUUUGCCAAAUUCUAACAAUAUUAACAUUAAAGUCCCGCAAGCCAUCUCAAUCACAGCUCCAACCCAUGAAGUUUUGUCACCUCAUCAUAAAGAAAAUGAUCAGUUGGUCCUAGACGAACAAACUGCCGCCUUCUGGGAUUACCAGUUCCUCUUCGUCUCGCAACGGUCGGAAACAACCCGGCCGGUGUCUCUUCGCAUUGUGGAAGGCGCGAUCCCGACGGAUUUCCCGUCCGGCACGUAUUACCUAACCGGACCGGGUCUUUUCACGGACGAUCACGGCUCGACCGUGCACCCUCUAGACGGGCACGGCUACCUCAGGACUUUUAAGAUUGAUGGGGCCACAGGCGACGUGGAGUUCAUGGCCAGGUACAUUCAGACCGAGGCCCAAGCCGAGGAGCGGGACCCGGUGACCGGACAGUGGCGGUUCACUCACAGGGGCCCGUUCUCGGUGUUGAAAGGCGGCAAGAUGAUGGGAAACACUAAGGUGAUGAAGAAUGUUGCGAAUACUAGUGUGUUGAGAUGGGGUGGGAGGUUGUUUUGUUUGUGGGAAGGCGGUGAUCCUUAUGAAAUUGAGGCAAACAGUCUUGAUACACUUGGGACUUUUGAUAUUGUUAAUGGAGGAAGUAGACAAAACAUUAUGAUGGAAGAAGAAGAAGGAGAAGAAGAAAAUCACGGUGAUGAUGAUUAUGCGGGAUCAAUGGUCGACAUAUGGGAAGUUGCUGCUCAAGUUCUGAAGCCUAUUCUCUAUGGUGUAUUCAAGAUGCCACCUAAAAGAUUGCUGUCCCAUUAUAAGAUUGAUGCCCAAAGGAACAGGCUCCUUAUCAUGUCAUGCAACGCAGAGGAUAUGCUUCUCCCUCGAAGCAAUUUUACUUUUUAUGAAUUCGACUCAAAUUUUAACUUGCUCCAAAGCCAAGAGUAUAGCAUUCCUGACCAUCUAAUGAUUCAUGACUGGGCUUUCACUGAAAAUCACUACAUCUUAUUUGGCAAUCGGAUCAAGCUGGAUAUUGCAGGAUCAAUGACGGCCGUGUGUGGGUUAUCUCCCAUGAUAUCUUCACUGUCAGUAAAUGCAAGCAAGCCCACAUCUCCAAUCUAUAUGCUUCCUCGGUGUCCGACAGAAUCAAGAAAUAUUGCGAAAAGAGAUUGGAGAGUUCCCAUUGAAGCCCCUUCACAACUAUGGGUUAUUCACGUUGGAAAUGCAUUUGAGGAAAGUGAUGAGGAUGGAAAUACUUGCAUCCAGAUUCAAGCCAGCGGAUGCUCUUAUCAGUGGUUUAAUUUUCAGAAGAUUUUUGGGUAUGAUUGGCAAAAUGGUAAACUAGACCCUUCUGUGAUGAAUGUUAGACAAGGAUCAGAUAAAUUAUUGCCUCAUCUAGUUCAGGUAUCUAUAAGUUUGGAUUCAAAAGGGGAUUGCGAAAAGUGCAGUGUAAAUGACCUGAAUGAAUGGUCUAAACCAGCGGAUUUCCCAGUGAUUAACCACGAGUUCUCCGGCUGCCAGAACACCUUUAUUUAUGCAGCAACUUCCUCCGGCUCCCGCCGAGCUCUGCCACACUUUCCGUUUGAUACGGUGGUGAAAUUCAAUACUACGGACAAAUCCAUUUCGACAUGGUCUACAGGCAGAAGAAGGUUCAUUGGUGAGCCAAUUUUUGUACCGAAAGGAACAAAACAAGAAGAUGAAGACGAUGGAUACCUUCUCGUUGUGGAAGUGAGUAUAUCUGCUUUUAACUUUAUGAUGUAUGUCCUGAAAAAAUAGUCAACACUGAGUUUUUGAUAUCUAUCCGAUUAUCCCAGCUGACACAUGCAUUUUUAUUAAUCUUACGUAAUAUUGAAUUGACAUUGCAGUACGCAGUUUCAACACAAAGGUGCUAUCUUGUUAUGUUGGAUUCAAAACUGAUGGGGAAGGCUAAUGCAUUGGUUGCGAGGAUUGAAGUUCCAAGAGACUUGAAUUUCCCACUUGGUUUUCAUGGAUUUUGGGCAUCUGCAGGAGAUUUUAGUAUUUAAAUCAAAGCCCUUCAACAAUCAUCAUACAUAUAUUCAUUGUCCAAAACUGAAAAAGGGAUACAUGGUAUGAUUAAUUUGUACAUAUUGAAUUACCUACCGAUGUAGGAUAUAGCUCUCAAUACGUAUUGGUGAUCAUUCUUUGUAAUCAAUUAAUCUUAGUUGUAAUUUACGGUACACAAAAUUUUAUUUUCGUAUAUCGCUAAUACAAGAUUUCUUCAACUUUAAGAAUCAAGUAAAUUUAUAUUUUCCAAUUGGUAUAAGCCUUCAGGGCUCAAGACUUCAACUCUGCAAUUCCUAACAUUGGACUCUUUUACUUGAAAUUUGAACCUGACACUACUCC